GCGAGGAGAGCCAAAAAGUUUUUCCAAAGGAGAGAAAAGCACUGGAGCAAGCACUGAUCUCUGCAAAACUAAACUCUGGAACUGAGCUGUCCUGAAAGAGGAUUACUGUCGAUGCACUCCCGUACUGUACCUACAACUGUACCGCUGAAGCGGGCGCGCCGAUCGCUUCUUUUGGUUUGGAAUAAGAUAUAGACAGAUGGCUGCACUUGCAGUGCCGAGAAGCGAUAACUUUCUACACACAUUUUUACAGGACCGGACUCCGAGUUCAUCCCCUGACAGUGGGCCCUAUCCUUUGGCUUUCCUGGCUUCCACUUGUGGACAAGUAAGACCGAUCGGGACCUCAUCCUCCGAGGUGCCUCAGUUUCCAUAUGACCCAGCAGUGGGAUCAACUGCUGGAAUGUUUCAGCUCUGGAGCAACGAGGUUCCUGCGAGCACCGGAAUGGGAUCCCACCAGAUGACCUUCAGCGUUCCCAAACUCCAGUACCCAGGACACAUGUCCGCCCACCACGAACUUCCUCUAACCCCCCCGGCAGAACCCUCCACAUACUCCUUCGAACUGUCUCCAGUCAAGGUACUGACAUCCCAGGUCCAGAACCCUUCAUACCAUUACCCCCAGACCAACCAGAACUUCUCCAACUUUCUCCAGAACUCGUCUGGCUUGCCUGGAAGGCAUCACCUGCACGGUGGGCAUGUGGAGGACACCCAGCAGUGGUGGAGCCUCCAGCAAAGCAACGCCAACAACAGCGGCCAUCCGUUCACCCUGGGGAGGCCCUUGGUUUUGGGUCACCAGCCCCAGAUUGCUGCCCUUCUCCAGGGCUCCUCCAAAAGCUUGCUGACCUCCACCAGAAGAUGCAGGAGGUGCAAGUGUCCCAAUUGCCAGUCCUCAAGCAACGGAGGCAGCACAGACGAGCUGGGCAAGAAGAAGCUUCACAUCUGUCACAUCCCAGAGUGCGGCAAGGUCUACAAAAAGACAUCCCACCUUAAGGCUCACCUGCGCUGGCACGCUGGUGAAAGGCCCUUCAUCUGCAACUGGCUCUUCUGCGGGAAAAGCUUCACCCGGUCCGAUGAGCUUCAGCGCCACCUCAGGACUCACACUGGAGAGAAGAGGUUCAGCUGCCAGGAGUGCGGCAAGAGGUUCAUGAGGAGCGACCACCUUUCCAAACAUGUCAAGACGCACCAGAACAAAAAGAGCAAACAGCCCGGAGGAGACGCUCUUCUCAGCAGCAUCAAGAAAGAGUAG